UACGGCGACGGCGCGCCCGUGGACCCGAACGAGCCGACGUACUGCGUGUGUAAGAGGGUGUCGUUCGGCGAGAUGAUCGCGUGCGAGAACGAAGACUGCGCGAUCGAGUGGUUCCACUUCGCGUGCGUCGGGCUCAGCAGCGACGCGACGCACAAGGGGAAGUGGUACUGCGAGACGUGUAAGGCGGAGUUGCGGAAGAAG